AUGGACGAUUCUUACGAGAACGACUCCGACUACGAUUAUGGCUACGACGAGGGUAUCACCCCCGAGGAUUGCUGGACUGUGAUCUCGUCCUUCUUCGAGACAAAGGGCCUUGCAUCACAGCAGACCGAUUCUUUCGAUGAGUUCACACAAACUACUGUUCAGGAUCUCGUCAAUGAGUACGCCAACAUCUCCCUCGAUCAGCACAACCCCCCUUCGUCUUAUGGAGUGCCGAUCGCUCUUCGCCGAUACGAGAUCAAGUUCGGAAGUGUCAUGGUUUCUCGGCCGUCCAUCAGUGAGACAGACGGCACUGUUACUUCCCUACUACCUUACGAAUGCCGCGACCGAAACUUGACCUAUGCUUCACCGACUUACAUCAAGAUCACCAAGAAGGUCUCUGUUGCUAUCGACAAGGAGAUUCCUCUGCACGAGAUGGACGAGGAACAGCAGGCAGAGUACAAGCGAACUGGAGAGCACCCCACAAAGCUUGAAUGGGAGACCGAGGAAAAUGGCGGCAGCAUGAAGACAGAAGGCGAGUCAGACAUGAUCUUUGUGGGCAAGAUGCCCAUCAUGGUUAAAUCCAAGAUUUGUCAUCUGAGCCAACAUACCGACGAGGAACUGUUCACGCUUAACGAGUGUCCUUACGAUCAGGGUGGUUACUUCGUCAUCAAUGGUAGUGAAAAGGUUCUGAUCGCCCAAGAGCGUUCUGCCGCCAAUAUCGUCCAGGUUUUUAAGAAGGCUCAGCCCAGCCCUUUCACCUACACUGCUGAGAUCCGAAGUGCCCUUGAAAAAGGUUCGCGCCUUAUCUCUAGCUUGAUGAUGAAGCUCGUUGGCAAGGGAGACUCCGCCCGUGGUGGCUUUGGCCAGACUAUCCAGACUUCACUCCCGUUUGUCAAGUCAGAUCUUCCUGUUGCCAUCGUCUUCCGAGCAUUGGGUGUCGUAUCUGAUGAGGACAUUCUCAACCACAUUUGCUACGAUCGAAACGAUAGUCAGAUGUUGGAAAUGCUUCGUCCAUGUAUCGAGGAAGCUUUCUGUGUUCAGGACAGAGAAGUUGCUCUCGAUUUCAUCGGUAAGCGUGGAAACAGAGACCAGGCCAGCCUUGGUCGUGAGAAGCGUGUCCGUGUCGCAAAGGACAUUCUUCAGAAGGAGACACUGCCCCAUAUUUCCCAGUCAGAGGGUAGCGAGACCCGUAAGGCGUUCUUCCUGGGUUAUAUGGUGCACAAGCUUCUUCAGUGUGCUCUCGGCCGUCGUGAGCCGGAUGAUCGUGAUCACUUUGGAAAGAAGCGACUCGAUCUUGCUGGUCCCCUACUUGCAAAGCUCUUCCGUGGCAUCAUAAGGAGAAUGAACACGGAGCUCUCCAACUACCUCAAGCGCUGCGUUGAGAGCAACAGAAACUUCAACUUGAAUGUUGCCAUCAAGCCAGGAACCCUGUCUAACGGUCUCAAGUACUCACUGGCUACUGGUAACUGGGGAGAUCAGAAGAAGGCUGCAAGCUCCACAGCUGGUGUUUCCCAGGUGUUGAACAGAUAUACAUUUGCCUCGACACUCUCUCAUUUGCGACGUACCAACACGCCCAUUGGACGUGAUGGCAAGCUCGCGAAACCUCGCCAGCUGCACAACACUCACUGGGGCUUGGUGUGCCCUGCCGAGACGCCUGAAGGUCAGGCUUGCGGUCUGGUCAAGAACUUGUCGCUGAUGUGCUAUGUGAGUGUGGGUUCACCAGCUGAGCCUCUGAUCGAAUUCAUGAUCAACCGAGGUAUGGAAGUCGUUGAGGAGUACGAACCAACAAGAUACCCUCACGCAACCAAGGUUUUCGUUAACGGUAGCUGGGUCGGUGUCCACCCUGAUCCCAAGGGACUGGUGAAUAGCGUCCUGGAUACACGACGAAAGUCUUAUGUCCAGUUUGAAGUCUCUCUUGUUCGUGAUAUUCGAGACCGUGAAUUCAAAAUCUUCUCUGACGCAGGCCGUGUCAUGAGGCCAGUCUUCACCGUGCAACAAGAGGAUGACUACGAAACUGGUAUCAACAAGGGACAACUAGUAUUGACAAAGGACCUUGUGAACAAGAUUGCCCAGGAGCAAGCAGAGCCACCUUCUGAUCCAUCAGAGAAGAUUGGAUGGGAGGGACUUAUUCGCUCUGGAGCUGUCGAGUAUCUCGAUGCCGAAGAAGAGGAAACCGCUAUGAUUUGCAUGACGCCUGAAGAUCUCGAAAUCUAUCGUGAACAGAAGCAGGAUGAGAUCAAUCUUACAGAAGAAGAGAAGCAGGCCAAGCUAGAGGCAGAGAAGAGGGAACAGGAGGAAGAACGCAACAAGCGUUUGAAGACAAAGGUUAACCCCACAACUCACAUGUACACACAUUGUGAGAUUCAUCCUAGUAUGAUUCUGGGUAUUUGUGCCAGUAUCAUUCCUUUCCCCGAUCACAACCAGUCUCCUCGUAACACAUACCAAUCUGCCAUGGGUAAACAAGCCAUGGGUUUCUUCUUAACGAAUUACUCUCGACGUAUGGAUACCAUGGCCAACAUUCUAUACUACCCGCAAAAGCCUCUCGCUACUACACGAUCCAUGGAGUUCCUCAAGUUCCGUGAACUGCCAGCCGGCCAAAACGCCAUUGUUGCAAUUGCUUGUUACUCAGGAUACAACCAGGAAGAUUCCGUCAUUAUGAACCAGAGUAGUAUUGAUCGAGGUCUGUUCCGCAGUCUGUUCUUCCGAUCAUACUCGGACCAAGAGAAGAAGGUCGGUCUCAACUACACAGAAAUCUUCGAGAAACCCUUCCAACAAACAACACUUCGAAUGAAGCACGGAACAUAUGACAAGCUUGAUGAGGAUGGUAUCGUGGCCCCCGGUGUGCGAGUGUCAGGUGAAGACAUCAUCAUUGGCAAGACUGCCCCCAUCGACCAGGAGAACCAGGACCUGGGAACUAGAACUCAGACACAUCAGCGUCGUGAUAUUUCGACACCUCUGCGAAGCACGGAGAACGGUAUUGUCGAUCAAGUCAUCUUGACAGUCAACGCCGACAACGUCAAAUAUGUCAAGGUUCGAGUACGAACAACCAAGAUUCCCCAGAUUGGUGACAAGUUUGCUUCUCGUCACGGUCAAAAGGGUACAAUCGGUGUUACUUAUCGGCAGGAGGAUAUGCCUUUCAGCAGAGAAGGUCUGACACCUGAUAUUAUCAUCAACCCUCACGCCAUUCCGUCUCGUAUGACAAUUGCCCAUUUGAUCGAGUGUCUUUUGAGUAAGGUCUCAACACUGGAGGGUAUGGAGGGUGACGCAACGCCAUUCACUGAUGUCACCGUCGACUCCGUGUCUGAACUUUUGAGAAAGCACGGUUACCAAUCUCGAGGUUUCGAGGUCAUGUACAAUGGCCAUACCGGACGCAAGCUCCGUGCUCAAGUCUUCUUCGGACCCACAUACUACCAACGUCUUCGUCACAUGGUGGAUGACAAGAUUCACGCCCGUGCUCGUGGUCCCGUUCAGAUUAUGACCCGACAGCCUGUCGAAGGUCGUGCUCGAGACGGUGGUCUGCGAUUCGGAGAGAUGGAACGUGAUUGUAUGAUUGCCCACGGUGCUGCUGCCUUCUUGAAGGAGCGUCUGUUUGAGGUGUCGGAUGCUUUCCGAGUCCACGUUUGCGAAAUUUGUGGACUUAUGACACCAAUUGCCAACCUUUCCAAGCAGUCGUUCGAAUGCCGACCUUGCAAGAACAAGACCAAGAUUGCGCAGAUUCAUAUUCCCUACGCCGCUAAGCUGCUCUUCCAGGAGUUGCAGGCCAUGAACAUUGCCGCCAGAAUGUUUACCAACCGAUCCGGAGUUUCAAUCCGUUAA